AUCACCUCAGCAAAGAUGGCAUCAGGCUUUCCGUUUGCUUUGUUGCUCUGUUUGUCCAUCGGACUGUUGGCUACAUCUUGUCGUGGACAAACCUCUGGCCCAGGUUCCUGCCCUCCUGGUUGGACUCAGUUCGGCUCUCGCUGUUUCAUUUUCAACUUCCAGGGAAAGAAUUGGAUCAAUGCAGAGAUAUUCUGCUUGUCCCUUGGUGGGAAUCUGGCUUCGGUCCACUCAGAGAAGGAACAUUCCUUCCUCAGAGACUUCAUUAGGAGAGUGACCGGUGCAAACAAAACUUCCUGGAUCGGAGGCUUUGACUCAGCGAAGGAGGGCGUGUGGCAGUGGACUGAUGGAUCCAAAUUUGACUACAAACCAUGGGGUUCGGGGGAGCCUAACAAUAGAGGUGGAGCUGAGCACUGUCUUGAGAUGAACUUUAAAGAAAAUGUCUGGAACGAUGAGCAGCGUGAAAAAAUACUUCCUUUCGUGUGCUCCAAGAACCUGUGAGGCCUCCCACCAUCAUGAUCUCACUACAGCUCAUCUAUAAUCUCUUUCAUUGAUUCACUUUCAGUUUGUUGUGCAGACAGAAACAGCUCUCUGCUGACAGACUCACUUUCACUUGUUUAUUAUCUGAAGAGUUAGGAAACGGUUCACAUUUGAGUUUUAACAUU